ACUCUCAACUUGUUUCUUCCCUGUGUCAUCUUCAUUUCCUCCUUACACGAGCUUGCUAAAAAGAGCAAUAUUGGUGACAGUUGGCAGGACACAUGCGAGGCAGCUGGACUAAGUGUACAGUACUUACUCCUCAAGUGGUGGCUGGAAGGGUAGGCAUUUUCGAAUCUCACAACAUAUUUUGGGGAGAAUUCACAUUUGUGUGUUUGUUUUAAUCAUUUUUUCUAGGGUUUUUUUUUUUUUUUUUUUUUGUCUCGACCUGUAACUUUCCCAAACUGGGGAAAUUAGCUGCUGAAUGUGUGGCUGAGUUAAGAAGAAGCAUCUGGAGCGCCCAUAAAUCCAAGGUGGAGCAGGAGAGAGAAGAUGGCAGAGGGCAACGCGGCGAGCCACCCCCAAGUCUUUGUGGUGGACAGCCGAGCCGGCUUCUCCCCCCCACCCAGACCUGUGAAAAAAACACGAUGGACUUUGAUACGGCACAGAUUUCUUGUGCUGGUGGUGACGCUGAGCGUACUAGGACUUGUUGUCGAGGGAUGUUUUGUCUAUAAACUUUACAUGAAAACUGAGGCAUUUUCCAUCUGUAUGUCAGAUCCACGCUGUCAAAACAUGUCCAACUCUAACAUAUUUGCCAAGCAGGUUGGCUCCUUGAAAGACCGAGUGGCAUCUGAAGGAGCCUCCAAUGAGGUUCACCCAACUCCAUCUUUGUUGGGACCUAAACCCUUCGCUCACCUGAUGUGCAGCAGCAAUCCCGUCGGGGAGAAGAAUGUGGUGCAGUGGGUUGACAAACAUGGCGACGCCGUCACCCACCAGAUGAGCUACAACAACGGCCGGUUGUUUGUGGAGAAGGACGGUUACUACUACCUCUACUCCAAAGUGCAGAUUAAUGCCGUGGAGGUGUGUUCUCCCAUAGAGCACAAGGUGAUGAAAGACACCUUGGCAUAUGAGCAAUCUAUGGAACUUAUGAAAUCAAAGAGGUCCCACUGCUUGACCCACAAACGUUCAGGUGUGAAGUCAUCAGGGGAUGAGGAUAUAUGGGACAGUUUUCUCGCAGGGAUCUUCCACCUGCGUUCUGGAGAUUACAUUUUUGUCACAUUGGAUAAUAUACAAAAGUUGCGUCCUGGACCCACGAAAAAUUUUAUGGGAGCAUUUAUGAUAUCUCCAUAGAAACAUAAAAAAAAAAAGAACUCAUCGCACAUUUGACUCAUUGUGAUUUACUUCUUCCCUUCUCUCUGGAUGUAUUAGAAGCACUUGUGAAAAAGCAGCAUCUCAUGAAACUGUAUCUGAUAUUCAGACUACAUUAUUUGUUGCAUCUUGAUUGUUCUGCAGAUGAAUACAACUUUAUUACAGACUGUGAAAACAUGCUCUUAAAUUUGUUUCCAAGAUUAUUAAGUGCCCCGAGCACGUAAAGACCAUAAACUUAAAGACCACAUUACACUGUCAAAGAUUUAUUGAUGUUUUGUAAAACACACACCUGCAAAGCAAUGUAUGUGUGUUUGAAGAGCAGGAUCUGGUGCCAGAAGUUUACCCGAAGAAGCUCGGAGUACGAACACAAUUUGUUCUAAUCUGUUCCCAACCUCCAAAUAGUAAAUCCCUAUUUUAAUUCCCAUUUUUGUGAAAACAUGUACACCCUGUAUUUAAUUAAAAAAAUGCACACAUU